GUCGAGGCCCUGCGCGUCCAGGCCUCGGAAGGCCUCGCGCGCUGCGAGGGGAGCGCCGACCGCGUGGCGGCGGCGGCCACUGCGCUCUGCAGGCUGAGCGGCAACCGCCGCGCGGAGUCCGGCGCGCUCGCCGCGCGCCUCGACGUCGCGGGCGAGGCGCUCCUGAGCUUGCGCGCCCUCGGCAGGCGGCUGUCGCAGGACCCGAGGAUGGCUUCCCAGGCGCGAGCGGGAGACCACGGAGAGGCUGCAGCGCCGCGGCGGCACCGGCAGCUGCCGCGCGUGGGCGCCAGUGCAGACCGACGCCUUUCUGGUGUACCAGACGGUGGACCCCGAUCUCAUCAG